UCGCGGCUACAGAACAGACCAAGGUCCGAACAGAUCAGUUCGAGCCGAUUGGCCGUAGUGAACAGUUCACUGACUGUAGCAAGUUCACUGUACUACUGCAUCAUGUCGGCCAAAGUCAUUAACUUCGGGGCCGGCCCCAGCAAACUACCAGAGGAGGUGAUGCUGGAGGUACAGAGAGAAUUGCUGCAGUACGGCCAGACAGGGAUCAGUGUUAUUGAGAUGAGUCACAGAUCUCCAGAGUACGAAGAUCUCAACAACUCAACCCAACAGCUGGCUCGGAAGUUGCUAAACAUUCCUGACAACUACAGUGUGUUGUUCAUGCAAGGUGGGGGAACUGGACUGUUCUGUGCCGUUGCCAUGAACCUAAUGUCUCGAUCAGGGAAGGCAGACUACAUUGUGACAGGUUCCUGGUCAGCAAAGGCAGCUAAGGAGGCAGCAAGGUACGGGAAAGUCAACAUGGUUCUGCCCAAGACGGACUCUUACAUUGACAUUCCUCCCCCCUCUACUUGGAAAUUAGAUCCCGAGGCCUCCUACGUUUACUACUGUGACAAUGAGACAGUCCAUGGAGUGGAGUUCCCGGAUAUCCCAGAUACCAAGGGUGUGCCUCUUGUUGCAGACAUGUCUUCCAAUAUUCUCACAAGGCCUUUUGACGUCUCAAAGUUUGGAGUGGUAUUUGCCGGGGCUCAGAAGAAUAUUGGGCCAUCAGGAGUGGUGCUGGUGAUCGUCCGCAGAGACUUGCUGGGCAGCCCUCUCCCCAUCACCCCCCUUGUGUUCGACUUCACUGUGUUUGACAAAGACAACUCCCUCCACAACACUCCGCCCACUUUCAGUGUGUUUGUGAUGAAGAGAGUAUUCGAGUGGCUGGUCAAGCAAGGAGGACUUGAAGAGAUGCGUGCUCGAGCCCAAAAGAAGAGUUCACUGAUCUACGACACCAUCGCAAAGUCCAACGGCUUCUACCUCUGCCCUGUCAAACCGACUGUGCGGUCUCGUAUGAACAUUCCCUUCAGGAUAGCUGGAGGCACAGAGCUAGAAGCCAAGUUCCUGCGGGAAUCCAGGGAGCAAAACAUGAUACAGUUGAAGGGACACAGAUCUGUUGGUGGCAUCAGGGCGUCUCUGUACAACGCCAUCACGGUGGAUGAAGCUCAAACUUUGGCUAACUUCAUGAAGGAAUUCCAGAAGGCCAACUCGUAACAGCCAAACACGUCUGUGAUGGAACAAGAUCUGUUAAUUUUCAUCUUGUUAUAAAAAAAUUAAAACAAUGUUUUUAAAUCAAAGUUUA